AUGUCACAACCCUUGAAGAAGGAGCAAAAGACGAGUGACGCUGCUGGGGAUGCAACCACCAGUCUCUUCCUCCGCGUGUUGCGUGACGCCAAUGCCGUCACGCACUUGUCUCCAUUUCUCACCAUCAAUGACAUGACCAAUCUCAGCAUGGCGUGCAAGGAUACGCAAGAAAUGUUCCAGAAGGAACGCGAGAGCCUUUCCUUCUCGGAUGUUCGCUCGAUGGUCCGACGCCACACUCUGAUUGGCUACGAACGAAAGGAUGAAGAUCUGCAAUGGGUGGCCGUCUCCCAGAGACUUCCGCGGAGUCAAAACUCCAAUUUUUUUGAUGAAUUUCCCAAACCUACCCGUACUAGUAUGCGAGUGAAACUCGUUGCUCUCGAGACAUCCACCCAGACGCGAGAAAGAAUUUUCAUUGGACACCCCGACUCUUUUUCAGAUGGUGAUUGGUGUUUCUUUGUGGGAGAGAACCAUGACCACACCACGGAGGACAAGAAAUGGCCCGAAGAAGACAAGCAACUCCUUCGUCGUGCCAUGAGCAUUGUUCACGAAUGCACCAAGCUCAUCGGCAGCAAUGACGAAGACUUUACUGAAUACCCUUCGGCUGAGUACUUGAUGCGGACCUUGCCCAGUUGGUUGUACCCAUACUUUCCAAAGUCUUUUGAUUGGGAGGCCGACCACAGUGACCGCGAAACAGAAGUGUUCUUCCCCUACAAGAAGGCCAAAUCCAAGCAAGAGUGGCUCGGUCGUCUACCUCCCAUGUUUGAUGGAAUCCACAAGCAGUACCCAUCUGAUUUGGACUCUGAUGAUGACGACGAUGAAGACGAAAAUGAUGAUGAUGAGAGUGCAGGCUCGGAGUAA